CAAUGGGGAAGGCGCCCCGCGGGGUGGGAAAGUGGGGCUUCGGGAGGCCGCGGGGUGGGGCUGGUGCUGAGUUUCCGCAGUGUCACCGCCGCUUGUAAACAGAUUCUGCCUCAGUCGAGAUCCAGCGCAUCUUCCCCCUUCACCGCCUUUCCCAUCCCCCCGUCGCUAAGAUGGCUGAUGGUGGGUAGUGAGGCGGGGCUGCGGGGAGCUGUUGCCGGCUGGCGCACGGCGGGGCAGGCGGGGGCAGCUGACGGGACGGGACAGGACAGGACAGGACUGGAGCGGGGGGUGGGGUGCGUGCUUGGGAAGCCGCGCAGCGCCAUGUCCGCCUUCGCCCUGGAGGAAGCUCUGGAGGCUGACUGGGUGGCUGUGAGGCCUCACGCCUUCCAGGAGCGGGAGAAGCACAAAUUCGUCUUCAUUGUGGCCUGGAACGAGAUCGAGGGCAAGUUCGCUAUCACCUGCCACAACCGCACGGCGCAGCGCCAGCGCAGUGGCUCCCACGAGCUCUACCGCGGCGGCCCCGCCGGCCCCGAGGCCAGAGCCGCCCCCAAGGCCGGCAUCCCUACGGUGAGCAGGGGCACGGACUCCGGCCUGGCGCGCAGCUCCUCGCAUCUCCGCGCCGAGGCGGGGCUGCGGUGCUCCGAGCGGGGCGCGGCGGCCGAGGCGCUGCCGAAGAGCCCGCUGCGCGCCAAGAGCAGCCCGGCCCGGAGGCUGCUGCGGGGCCCGGAGGCGGCAGGUGCCGCCGAAGAGAUAGAAGCGCUGGAGCUGGGGAAGGAGGAGGCCGCCUCGCUGUCGCCCUCGCCGCUGCAGGCAGCCGAGUCGGCUGCUCCCGACGCGGAGCCUGUGGGGGAGGAGUGCAGCUGGGCCGGCCUCUUCUCCUUCCAAGACUUGCGGGCUGUGCACCAGCAGCUGUGCUCGGUGAACUCGGAGCUGGAACGCUACCUACCUGCCUUCCCCGAGGAGCCCUCGGGCGUGUGGACGGUGCUGUUCGGAGCCCCAGAGCUAUCCGAGCAGGAGAUGGACGCUCUCUGCUACAAACUGCAAGUUUACUUGCUCCACAGCUUGGAUACCUGCGGCUGGAAGAUUCUUUCGCAGGUGCUCUUCACUGAGACUGACGACCCUGAAGAGUAUUAUGAGACCCUGAGUGAGCUGCGACAAAAGGGGUACGAGGAGGUGCUGCAGCGGGCCCACAGGCGAAUCCAGGAGCUUCUGGAAAAACAUAAGAACACAGAAAGUAUGGUAGAUCUGCUUCAACUGUAUCAAAUGGAAGAUGAAGCCUACAGUAGUCUUGCAGAAGCUACCAUGGAGCUCUACCAGUACUUACUACAGCCAUUCCGAGAUAUGAGGGAACUUGCGAUGCUUAGAAGACAGCAGAUAAAGAUCUCGAUAGAGAAUGACUACCUAGGCCCCAGAAGAAUUGAGAGUCUGCAAAAAGAAGAUGCUGAUUGGCAGAGAAAAGCCCACAUGGCUGUGCUUUCUAUUCAAGAUCUUACAGUUAAAUACUUUGAAAUAACAGCUAAAGCACAGAAAGCUGUGUACGAUCGAAUGCGAGCAGACCAGAAAAAAAUUGGUAAGGCAGCAUGGGCAGCAGCAGUGGAACGUAUGGAAAAGCUUCAGUAUGCAGUUUCUAAGGAGACUUUGCAGUUGAUGCGUGCUAAAGAAAUCUGUUUGGAGCAGAAGAAACAUGCACUGAAGGAGGAGAUGCAGAGUCUGAAAGGUGGUACAGAAGUCAUAGCCCAUUUGGACCAGUUAGAAGCUGAUUAUUAUGAUCUACAGCUUCAAUUAUAUGAAGUGCAGUUUGAGAUCUUGAAAUGUGAAGAGCUGCUGCUGACAGCACAACUUGAAAGCAUCAGAAGACUGAUGUCAGAGAAGAGAGAUGAAGUGGUAUAUUAUGACACUUACGAAAGUAUGGAAGCCAUGCUUGAAAAAGAGGAUAUGACAACAUCUGUACACUUGCAAAAAGAGGAGCUGCAAAAGUUACAACAAAAAAUCCGCCAGCUGGAAGCAAGGCGUGGACAUAUUUCAUCCAAGAAAGCCUACCUCAGAAAUAAGAAGGAGAUCUGUAUCGCAAAGCAUAAUGAAAAGAUCCAGCAACAUCACCAGAGUGAGGAGGAAUACAAAAUGCACCAUACUGUUCAGCUAAAGCGAGAUCAACUACAAGAUAAAGAGGAAAUAAAGAGCUCCUGGGUUAGUCAGGAACGACAGAAAACACUGGACAGACUUCGCACGUUUAAACAGCAGUACCCUGGGCAAGUAAUACUUAAAUCACCCAGACUACGACUGGCUCAUGCAAGAAGAAAAUGUGCAGCCAGCUCAGUGUCCUGCAUAGAUCAGCUUCAAUUUUUGCCAGCGACCAUACAAAUCCAAGAGAAAAGUGAAGAGGUGGAAUUGGAAAAUGCAGUUCAGCCUUUGCAAGUGCAGGAAUCCACAAGCUUAGAACAACUUCAAGAUAUCUUGUUACCUCCCAAUGGUGUUACUUCUGAACUGCCUCAUGUUAGUACUUCUCCACUCCCCAGUAAUGAGCUUCAACCAGAGACUGUUACUGUAGUACCGCUUCCACCUCCUUUGCCUCCACCACCUCCACUUCUACCUUUGCCCUCCAAGGAAGAUGACACCAAAUCCUUAGAGAAAAGCGACAGCUUUGUUAAACAUCAGAGUGAGGAGAAGGGAGUCCAGCACUCUUCCAGUGUCCCAACAGCACAUCUGUUUGACAGCAGUCAGCUAGUCAGUGCCAAGCAGCAGCUUAAGAAGACCGGUUAUCUAGAGGGUUUACACAGGAGGAGAGUGAGUUCCCCAAUGGAUGAAGUGCUGGCUUCCUUGAAGCGUGGCAGCUUUCACUUAAGAAAAGUUGAGCAGAGAAGUCCCCCUCAUUUUCCCGAUGAAGAUGAUAGCAAUAACAUCUUGGCACAGAUCAGGAAAGGUGUGAAACUGAAGAAAGUGCAGAAAGAUGUUUUGAGAGAAUCCUUUACAAUUCUGCCUGAUACUGACCCUCUGACAAGGAGCAUCCAUGAAGCAUUGCGACGAAUUAAGGAAGCAUCACCUGAAUCAGAGGACGAAGAGGAGAGUUUGCCUUGUACAGACUGGGAAAAUUAACCUGCCUUUAGAAGCUGUUCAGAGUGCAGGUUGAAAAUCACUGCCAUGCAGUCAGUAUCUGUAGUGCACCAGUUGUCUCCUUUUUAACAGUCUACAGUUAUGGCAUUUUCCCCUUUUAAGGAUGCACUCCUGUCAAAUGCUCAGGUCCCGGGAAAUCACUUGGACCUAAAGCAGGAUGCAGUGUCAGAGUUCUGAGUGUGUGCUCCUUGCAGUUUUUCACAUGCCUGGGAUCUGCUUUCUCUUACCAAUACCAUAUUUUAUUAUGAAAACAAUCUUGUUUUCAUGAGAUGAGACUGUUUAACAGAUGAUAGUACAGAUUUGAUUUGAAAAUGGUUGUACAAAAUAGCUAACAGCUCAGAAAGGAAAAACGGGCCCCUGGUAUGGAAGUGUGUGAAAAAAUCUGAGAGAACAGAGAGAUUGAAACAAAGCCCUCGUGAAAUUCAGCUGAAUAAAUACUUUUCACAUAGAUGAGUGUACUUGCUUGAACAUAUAGACUGGUUACCCAGUAGUUAUUAUACAAGAAUAAAAUCUAAGAAAAGUCUGUUGCAGAAAUUGCAGAAUAAUAUUCUUCAUUAUAAGGUUAUCAGUUUAAUACUAUGCUUUAUUAAAAAGAUUGAUCUGAUUUUUAACUAAGCUCUGCACAUCCAAAAAACCAGUUGCAUAGAGAUUUUAGGUUGAAAACAGUUAUACAAAAGUAUAUUGGCACAUAUGUUACAAACUAUGCUUAAUACAUAUACAUCAUUAUAGGCUAAAUGUAAUGCAAUUAUUUGCUUAGGAAUGAAGGCUAAAUCUGAUAUAAUGAUGUAUGUUUAUCAAGUGCCAAAAAGUGUCUUAAUGUAUGUGCAGCAGUAGUAUUAAAAUGCACAUUGAUUUUCUUAAUUGUUGAAGUUUCAAGACAAACUAAUAGUAAAUAAUUCCUGCAGGAGAUCUAGUUGUCUCUUGUAUUACCUGCUUUAUGAAUUAACUUGUACAUAAAGUUACGACUAACUUUUUUUUUUUUUUUAAGAGCAGUUCCUUCCUUAUGGACACUCUAACCCAUGUACAAAAAUGUUGAGGCAUUCUGUGUAUCUGAAAUACAGCUUGAACAAGCAGUAUAAAGAUGCAGUAGCUUCUGUAUGAAAAACCAGAAGAUUAUCGGUUAUCAAAAGUAUCCCAAGCCUAUCUGUGUAUAUGUACAUAAUGGUACGCAUAAAUCACUAUAGUGCAUUUAGAGUACUGUAAGUAAUGCGAAGCCUGGGUUCCUGGGAGUGACAGACAAUGUAACUGGGUGAAGAAGCGAGCUUUUGCUCUCCAUAGUCUUCUAAUCCAGUAUUUCGGGCCUCUUCAAGCUCUAAUCUGUGUUCAUUGCCAAUAAUACCAAAAGGCAAAAAAAGACUUGGUCAUACUCUGUGUGUCCUGGCUCCAGAGUUAGUGUCAUUACCCUGGGAGCAAAGAGAAUCAAAGCUUUUAAAGACACUGCUCAGUACUGCAUGUUGGAAUUGCCAAAUAUGUUGAUCAGAGAGUGUUUGUAUGGCCAUUUAGCUUUUCAGAUGUUCCUUCCCUCCCCCUCAAACAGGUGAUUCACAGCCACUGAAGUGAGAAAAGAAACCCUGGUUGAAGAUUACUUUUCCUCUUCAUUUCUGAAAAUUCAGAGCGAGCAGUUCUGACCAUCAAUUCCACAGGAGGCUUUCUUUGGCAAAGAAAUAGUCUUCCUUUGGCAAAUGAUUCAGUAUAUGGAAAAAAUGGCCUGAAAUGUUAAUUUUCAGGUCACUUCUUUCUUUAAUUUGUUCCAAAAAUUCUGGUUUGGGCAGAAAGCUAAGUUGUUUAGAUGUACGUUUUAUAUAAUUAAGAAUGCCUGAUUCUUAAGCACUUUUUAUAUUUGCAUUAGUAAUGUGUAGCCAGUUAAGUGAGGGGGGGCAUUUUGAGUUGGGAGAAUACUUGCUGUUAGAGUAACUUUGGGAUUUGGCUGACAUCAGACCAGCUAUAAAACCUCCCUUUCACUGAACUGAAUAUAUCAUCUGCUUGAAAAACCAAUUAAAUAGCUCCUUGCAGAGAAGCUUGCUAUGUAGCAGUGUGAUGUUCCAGAAUGAGCAGAAUUCCUAGUUGCACUACAGUAGCUGAAAUUCAGUAACGUGCAACAAAGAUUUUUUUUUCUUCUUAGUUUGAAGACAUGUAUGUCAAUAUGAAAAAUAACAAGUGACUACAGCAUAAUAAGAGUUGAAUUCAGUACAUGUUCAAGAAUGUGUUUUCAGCAUGGUACAUUUAGCAAGACAUACUGCAGCACUUUUUUAGAAGGUUAUUUAUAGUCUUACACCUUUUUAAAGUAGACAUUUUCAUGCUUUUUUAAAAUAAUAUUUAGCUAUGCUGAACUGAGUUCAUUAUAAUUUAUCGUUUGUUAUAAGAAGCAAUAUUUUGUAAUUUCAU